AUGCAUCGGUUCUACAUGUUCCACUCGUUCUCCAAGUUCCACCGGAACCUGAUGGCACCAUGCUGCCUCUUCCUGGCCUGCAAAGUGGAGGAACAGCCCAGGAAGCUGGAGCACCUUCUCAAGGUCGGCUGGAACUGCAUGAACAAGGAGCCCCUGGACGUCAAGUCGGACAAAUUCAAGCAGCUGUAUGACGAGCUGGUGAGGAACGAGAACAUCCUCCUCGCAACUCUUGGCCUGCACCUGACCAUGAUGUGCCUGGAGUACCGCUCCACCCUGGUGGCCUGUGUCUGUAUCUACCUCGUCCACAAGUGGUCGGGCCACGAGAUCCCGAAGUCGUCCAAGGGCAAGGACUGGUUCUGGUACGUCGACCGGGACGUAACUUUGGAACAACUAGAGCGCGUUAGUGAGGAGUUCCUGCUCAUCUUCAAUCAGUGCCCCUCCAAGUUGAAGAACAAGAUCAUGAAGUCCAGCCGGGCCAUCAGUGAUCAGAUAGGCUGA